AUGCCAGCAGCAAGGCAGUCGAUCCGAGCUCGGAACCCUCCCAUUGCAGACAGUAUCUUCCAGUCCUUUCGUCUCGAUGGGAGAACUGUGAUCAUCACUGGCGGCGCAGGCGGUAUCGGAUAUGAAGUUGCUCGGGGCCUGGCUGAAGCAGGUGCCAACCUCGCGCUCUGGUACAAUACAUCCGCCAAAGCCGAGAAGCUCGCUGCAGUGAUUGCACAGGAAUUCAAAGUCCAAGUUCGGACUUACAAGGUCGACGUGCGCGACUAUGCCGCCGUCGAAGCCGCGGUAUCACAAGCCGUGCAAGACUUUGGCCGCCUGGACGUGCUGAUUGCCAAUGCCGGAGUGCCAUCCAAGGCCGGCGCGCUGGACGACAAGGUUGAAGACUGGGAUCGGGUGCGAGCCGUCGACUUUGACGGAGCUUACUACAGCGCCCGCGCCGCCGGACUCGUGUUCCGCCAGCAAGGUCACGGCGUUGCCAUUCUCACUGCUUCCAUGAGCGGUCAUGCUGCCAAUGUGCCGCAAGAGCAGAGCUGUUACAAUGCCUGCAAGGCUGGCGUGAUUCACCUGGCAAAGUCCAUGUCUGUAGAGUGGGCGAAAUGGGGAGGCCGCAUCAACUCUGUCUCACCUGGUUAUAUUGACACGGAGAUCUCGGGAGACUGCCCAUUUGAGAUGAAGGAGGAAUGGUUCAGCCUCACUCCCAUGAGACGAGAUGCUGAUCCUAGAGAGUUGAAGGGCAUCUACCUAUAUCUUGCGAGCGAUGCCAGCUCAUACACGACUGGAGCCGACUUUGUAAUUGAUGGAGGAUAUACAGCUAGGUAG